GGAGCGGAGCCCAGGCCGGGUGCGGGCGCUGCCGCCAGUGAGAACCGGGGCCCGGAGCAGAGUGGGGUUUGGCUGGGACUGGACCCGGAGCGCGCGGGCCCUGACCUUCGCCCUCUGACCUUUCCCCUUGCAGGCGACCAUGGGGAACGUCUUGGCUGCUAGCUCGCCGCCCGCAGGGCCGCCGCCACCUCCCGCGCCCGCCCUCGUGGGACUGCCGCCGCCUCCGCCCUCUCCUCCUGGCUUCACGCUGCCGCCGCUCGGGGGCGGUUUGGGCGCUGGGGCUGGCGCGGGUCGAGGUUCGGAACGGACCCCCGGUGCUGCGGCAGGUAGCGCCGCAGGGACCGCGGACGAUGGGGCCUGCGGCUGCCUGCCCAACCCCGGCACGUUCGAGGAGUGCCACCGGAAAUGCAAGGAGCUAUUUCCCAUUCAGAUGGAAGGUGUCAAGCUCACAGUCAACAAAGGGUUGAGUAACCAUUUCCAGGUAAACCACACAGUAGCCCUCAGCACAAUUGGGGAGUCCAACUACCACUUCGGGGUCACGUACGUGGGAACAAAGCAGCUGAGUCCCACAGAGGCAUUCCCCGUGCUGGUGGGUGACAUGGACAACAGUGGCAGCCUUAAUGCUCAGGUCAUUCACCAGCUGGGCCCUGGCCUCCGGUCCAAGAUGGCCAUCCAGACCCAGCAGUCCAAGUUCGUGAACUGGCAGGUGGACGGGGAGUACCGGGGUUCUGACUUCACAGCAGCCGUCACCCUGGGGAACCCAGACGUCCUGGUGGGUUCAGCCCCGGGAGGAAUCCUCGUGGCCCACUACCUCCAGAGCAUCACGCCGUGUCUGGCCCUGGGUGGGGAGCUUGUCUACCACCGGCGGCCUGGGGAGGAAGGCACUGUCAUGUCUCUAGCUGGGAAGUACACAUUGAACAACUGGUUGGCGACAGUAACGUUGGGCCAGGCGGGCAUGCAUGCCACCUACUAUCACAAAGCCAGCGACCAGCUGCAGGUGGGUGUGGAGUUCGAGGCCAGCACGAGGAUGCAGGACACCAGCGUCUCCUUCGGGUACCAGCUGGACCUGCCCAAGGCCAACCUCCUCUUCAAAGGCUCCGUGGACAGCAACUGGAUCGUGGGCGCCACACUGGAGAAGAAGCUCCCACCUCUGCCCCUGACAUUGGCCCUUGGGGCCUUCCUGAAUCACCGAAAGAACAAGUUCCAGUGCGGCUUUGGCCUCACCAUUGGCUGAGCCCCUCCUGGCCCCUGCCUUCCACCCUUCCUCCUCCAGAUCCCCCCUCCCCCUCCCCCUGCCACGGAGGGGAGACCUGAGCCCUCCUCCCCCUCCCUUCCCUCCCUCCUUGGGGGUCAGGGGGGCAGUGGAAAGGAGGGGACCCAUCACCCGAGCAGCUGAGGGGGGGAUUCUGGAACCACGGGCGCUUCAGGAUUCAGAGCACUAGGGGCAGGGUGCCUAGUGGGCCUGGAGUCCCGGGAGGGAUUCCAGAAUCGAGGGGCACGCCAGAUUCUGAGCACCAGGGGCAGAGGCGGCCAGACAACCUCAGGGAGGUGUUGGGGUAUCCGAGUCCCCCCAAAGGGCCCUGGGCCCGGCCCUGAGGGGGCAGGAAGAAGAGGAGCUUCCCCAUCCCCAGUCAGUCUGCCCCCGCCCACUUUCCCACCCAUCCCUCAGUAUAAAUCAUGUUUAUAAGUUAUGGAAGAACCAGGACAUUUUACAGAAAAAAAAAAAAAAAACCAACAAAAAAUAUACGUGAACAAAA